AUGUUUAUUUCAAGUACUUUUCUUAUUUUCCUAUGUUCUAUUACAAUAAUAAAAACUGAUCGAACUAUUCGUCGUUUACCUUAUAAACUUGAUGGUGAUAUAACUGCACUCGUCGGUGAUAGUAUAAUUAGUUAUGAAUUAACACGUAUUGAUACAAGUGGUCCAAUGUCAACUCUCGAGAUUGAAACUGAACAAUGGGUACACGACUGUUGUUUGAUAAUUACAUCUCAGUCUGAACUUCGUAUUCGUCUUAAAGCAGAAAAUAAUUAUCCAAAAAUAACUGCUUAUUUACGUCUUCGUACAUCAUUAUCAUCGAUUGUUAUGAGCGGUACAGCAAUGAUAACAACGACAAAUUCAAUUCAAUCAGAUUCAUUAUUAUUGAAAGUAUCAGGUGCUAGUAAAGCACAACUACAAGUGGAAAUUACUUCUAAACUUAACGUUAUUCUUUCCGGUGCGGCUCAAAUAACUAUGACGGGAAAUGUUCGAGGUGCAGGUUGUAUUCUUCUUUCUGGAGCAGGAAAAUUCGAUGGUCGUGCAUGUCCUAUGAAUACUGUUAUUGUUGAUGUUAGUGGUGCUGGCACAGCGUAUGUUAUCGGUGAACAAGCUGUCGAUGUUGCUGUUAGAGGAGCAGGUCAUGUAUAUUAUCAGGGACCAUUAAGAAGUCAACGAGUUAGUGGAGCUGGGUCGAUUAAUGGACAUGGAUCAAUUGAUGGACUUGGAUCGAUUAAUUCAUUAUUUAGCAGUAUUGGUGAAAUAUUCAAUUCAUCUACCACAACAAUGAAAAUAUCUAUUAACUUUUAUAUAAUUUGUUUUUUCUUUUAUGUAUUUAAGUUUUUCUUCUAA